AUGAUACUAAACAACUAUGACUAUGAGGAAGAGCCUCCUCAGAUCACCACAUCGGAGAUUGACAGAAAAUUCUGGGACUAUUUUGAUGGGGCCACGACUCCUAGUACUAAUAUUACGGAGACGGUUCUUAGAGACCAGGGUCCUGUGUUGGUGAUAUAUGGCAUCCUGCUGGCAGUUGGGGGGGUGGGAAAUGUGGCUGUGCUGGUCAGCUUGGCCAGGUCGAGGAGAAGGAAGUCGAGGGUGGAUCUGAUGAUGACCCAUCUGGCGUUGGCUGAUGUGUGCGUCACUUGUGGUGUUAUACCUUUGGAGAUCGGCUGGAAGUACACAAACGCCUGGUUGGUGGGUAACCUGAUGUGCAAGCUACUACUCGUUCUCCGAGCGUUCGGGCUUUAUCUGUCUUCUAAUGUACUCGUCUGCAUCUCCGUUGACCGGUUCUUCGCAGUAAUAUACCCGCUGCGGCUGCCGGUGGCGCGCCGGCGCAGUAAGCAGAUGCUUCUCUGCGCGUGGGCAUUUGCGCUAGCUUGCAGUCUACCACAGAGCAUAGUCUUCCGUGUCAAGCGCCACCCUCAGGUAGCUGGCUUCGAGCAGUGCGUGUCAUUCGGCGCCUUCAGCUCGGAGCAGCAAGAAGUGGUGUACAACGUCUUCUGUCUGUGCGCUAUGUACUUCCUGCCUCUCAUCAUCAUCACUGUCUGCUAUGUGUGCAUCUUUUGCGAAAUACAUAGGAGCAGUAAGGAGUUGGAUGAGAAACGCGUACAUAGAAGCAGUGUGGGUCACGUGCGUCUGCGACGUUCCGACAGACGCGUGUUAGAACGCGCGCGACGUCGCACACUGCGCAUGACGGUCACUAUAGUCGCCGUGUUCGCGCUGUGCUGGCUGCCGUACGCGACUAUCACCAUGUGGUACAUGGUAGACCGUCAGUCAGCAGCUCGCCUAUCACCCAGGGUCCAAGACUUGUUGUUCGUGAUGGCCGUCUCCAACUCCUGCAUGAACCCGCUGGUGUACGGCUCCUAUACCCUGGACCUUAAGGGUCUUCUGCGAAGGUUGAUCAAGAAGACGUGUUGUCAUUCCUCAGCUGCUUCUGAUACGAUAGGUAUCGACGGCUCAGGAUCCAGUUCAAUUAAGAAUAAGAACAUUAAUUUGGAGACGCCGCUGAUGAAAUCUGUCAAGGGCAACAAAGUUCGCACACGCCUCGGCGUGCGCUUCGCCGAGACGUCGCUGACAGCUGUGCCUUCGCGCCUCGAGGUUCCGAAGGUGGUGCGAGGGCCCGCCUGACACCCACCCCCUCGCCUCCGCUGCGCCGAACACGAGCGCUGUCGAGUGCUG